AUGAGCAAUCGUGCACCAACAAAGAAGUUUAUAACAAGCGAAGAUACUGAAUUGAUUAGAGAACAUCAUGCUGAAGAAAUCGAUCCUGAGCAAAUUGCCCGGAGACUUGGCAUUAGUGUCCGUAAUGUCAAACACACCAUCAGGGAUAUCGACAUGGGUAUUACUAAUCAUUUUACAAUAGAGGAAGAUACUAUAUUACUUCAAAAGCUUAGAGAAGGUAUCGAAAAACCAUCGAUUCUAGCUCGAUUCUUACCGCAUAAACAUGAUUGGAUGAUUAGAAACAGAAUCAAGUUGUUCAAGCGUCAUGGUUUAAUUGAUCAGCCUGAUGAGAUGGAUGAUACCGAUUUUUAUGAGUUUUAA